AUGGAUUUAAAACCUGCAGUGUUCCUCCUAGUCCAGAUUCUCAUUGGAUUGUUGGGAAAUUUCUCACUCAUCAUUCAUUAUACUUUCCUUCAUUUUUGUGGAGGAAACUCACGGUCCACAGACUUGAUUCUCAGGCACCUGGUUUUAGCCAACACCUUAGCCAUUCUCUCUAAAGGGGUCCCCCGGACAAUGCAGACCUUUGGUGUAGCACAUCACUUUAGUGAUGUUGGUUGCAAACUUCUUUUUUACUUUGAAAGAGUGUCCAGGGGGGUGUCCAUUGGCACGACUUGCCUCUUGAGUGUCUUCCAGGCCAUCACUAUCAGCCCUCUGCACUCCAGAUGGGCAGUGCUUAAACUAAAGGCCCUAAAGUACAUUGGUCCUUCCAACAUUCUCUGCUGGAUACUACACAUGCUGGUCAAUGCCGUUUUCCCGAUUUAUACAUCUAGCAAAUGGAACAAUAGCACCAUCGUAAGUAGAAAUGGAUUGCAAUAUUGUUCUAAACACGAUGACAGUGUCACAUUCUCACUCUACAUGACGUUGAUAUUUUCCCACGAUGUUUUGUGUUUGGGGUUCAUGUCCUGGGCCAGUGGCUCCAUGGUGUUUGUCUUGUGCAAGCAUAAACAGCAGGUACAACACAUUUACAAUAACCUAUCCCCCAGAUUCUUUGCUGAGACCAGAGCCACCAAGAUCAUCCUCCCCCUGGUGGCCUUCUACGUGUCAUUUUAUGCCCUCUCUUCCUUUAUGUCUACUUUUCUGGCUCAUCUUGGUCUUUCCAGUUGGUGGCUGGUGAACACAUCUGCUUUCAUGUCGAUGUGUUUCCCCACAGUCAGCCCCUUUGUUCUCAUGAGCACUGACAGCCGCGUAUCUAGACUCUGUGCUACUUGCUUUAAAAUCACAACAUAA